AUGGGCUGCAAUCAGAGUACCAGUGCUGGAAGUGUUGGCCGAGAGUCGAAGGCAAAUGUGGACGAACAAACGUACAUGUUCCUUUGCAAGGUCAAGCUGCUGAAGCGUUUGCCUCAGGAUGAGCUGCCGGCCCUGGCAAAAUGUGCGACAGAAGUGGAGUUCAAGCCCGGACAAUAUAUCAUCAAGCAGGGUGAGGAGGGCCAUGAAUUCUUCAUGAUCAAGAAAGGUACAGCGGAUGUCGAGAUCAACGGGAAGAAGGUGGCUUCGCUGAAGGCUGGUGACUACUUCGGCGAGAAUGCCCUUCUUCGAGACGAGCCUCGCAACGCUAGCAUCAAAGCAAAUGGCCAGGUCAACACGCUCAAGAUCACGCGCCAAUCUUUCUCCAGCCUUGGCCUCCAAGACAAAUUGGAAUUCCCGAAGCGUGGAGCUGUUGGAGGUGGAGUCGCUGUUCAGGCUGAGAUCAAGCCGCCAAGUGAGAAGUCAGCCGACGAUGCUGCGCUGAUCAAGAAGGCGCUGCAAGCAAACACCAACUUGAAUACCAUCGCUAACUUGGAUGAGGCUCGUAUCAAGGCAAUGUCCGACGUCAUGUGGAAAGAGCCGGUGGCCAAGGGCACCGCCAUCAUCAAGCAAAAUGAAAUGCAGGCCGAUUACUUCUACAUCGUCAGGACAGGAAGCUUCUCAAUCACCAAGGCGGAAGAUGUCAAAGAGGGCCAAAGCGUAGAAUCCGCUGCUGCUGCGCAGCUGGGCAUGGUGGAGGCCGGAGGCAGCUUUGGCGAGCUUGCUUUGCUAUACUUUGCCCCUCGAGCUGCGACGAUCACAGCAACCGUCGACUCCGAGGUUUUCGUGACGGCGCGACAGCAAUUCAAAGAAAUUCUGCUUCGCGCGAACGAGGCAGAAACGAAACAGAACUUGGACUAUGUGGGGCGUUGCGACGUGUUCUCAGCAGCACUGAAGGAUGGCGAGAAGAAGGAGUUGGCAGCAGCUAUGCACGAGAUGACUUUCAGCAAGGACGAAACCAUCUUCGAGCAGGGCGAGACAGGCACGCAAUUCUUCUUGCUGGUCGAAGGCUCCGUGGUUGUGCUGAAAGACGGCAAGGAAGUGGCCAACUUGCGGGCAACGCCAGAGAAAGCACCUUACUUCGGGGAGAAGGCGCUUGAGAACAAGGAGCCCAGAGCAGCCACGAUCAAGGUUACGUCCAAUCGAGCCAGGACGCUGUGGGUCGACAAGGAAACGUUCGAGGUCCUUCUUGGCUCUCUGACGGAGCUUAUCAAGCGCGGCAAAGAUGGCGACACCGUGGUGGCCAAGUCGGUGGCACCAACUGCUGCAGCAGAUGCAAAGCGAUUUGGGGUCAUCAAGUUCAAGGAUCUCAAAAAGCAUGGCCUGUUGGGCUGUGGAGGUUUUGGAGCCGUGGAGCUUGUCGAAGAGACCAAGAGUGGCAACAUGUUUGCUCUGAAGGCCCUCAGCAAGGGAUACGUUGUUAAGAGCGGCAUGCAAGCCAGUGUCAUGAGCGAGAAGAACGUGCAGCUGAUGUGCGAUUCUGCCUUCAUUGUCAAGCUCCACGAGACAUACAACUCGCCGGAGCAUCUGUACUUCCUCCUUGAGCUGGCUCUAGGUGGUGAGCUCUACGCGACCUACAACAAGAGGAACAUGUGGGGUAAUGAGGCCUGUGCAAAGUUCUACGUGGCUGGAACCGUGCUGGCUUUCGAGCACCUGCACGGUAAGAAGAUCGUGUUCCGGGACUUGAAGCCCGAAAAUCUCUUGCUGACAGAGGAGGGCAAGGUCAAACUCACCGACAUGGGCCUGGCCAAAGUGAUCUUCGGCAAGACGUACACCACUUGUGGCACACCGGACUACUUUGCCCCCGAGCUGAUCGCAUCCAAAGGGCACACUCACGCGGUGGACUGGUGGACGUUGGGCAUCCUCGCCUUCGAGCUGAUGUCAGGACACCCACCAUUUGAGUCGGCCACGCCCAUGCAGAUCUAUGCCAAGGUGCAGAAGGGAAUCAAUGCCGUCGUUUUCCCCAAGAAGCUCAAGGGUGACGUGGAAGCUUUGGUUAAGGGCCUAUGCAACAGCAAUCCCACCGAGCGCCUCGCAAUGAAGAAGGGAGGCAUCCAGAACAUCAAGACUCAGAAAUGGUUUGCAAGCUUUGGCUGGAGCGACAUGGAAAGUUUGAGUAUGAAGCCUCCUUAUGUGCCAACCGUGAAGAGCAAAAAGGACAUGAAGAACUUCAGCGCCAACAAGGAGGACAUGCCGCCGCAGAUUCCGUACAAGGAUCCCAAGACUGGAUGGGACAAAGAUUUCGCCACCAGCGAGUGA